AUGGCGGUUGGAAAUGGUGGAAGAAGCCUAAUGGGGCCCCUCUUAGUAGUCAACUUUGUAGUGUAUCUCAUUUUACUGGGACUCGCCGGUUGGUCUCUCGAUAAAUACAUCGACGGCGAGCAGGACCAUCCCCAUCUUGGUGGGAAUCCCUCUACGAUUUUCCUUUUGAUAUUUGCAUUAAUUGCUGGAGUGAUCGGAGCAUGCUCGGUGUUUUCUGGUUUUGUGCACCAUCGAGCGUGGAAUAGUGCUAGUCUUGCUUGUGCAGCUUCAUCGGCAAUUCUCGCAUGGGCUAUGACUGCUCUUGCUUUUGGUCUUGUUUGCAAGCAGAUUAUAAUGGGAGGACAUAGAGGAAAACGCCUGCAAACAUUGGAAGCAUUUAUAAUAAUAUCAGGACUCAGCCAGCUACUGUAUUUGCUGCUUCUACAUGCGGGCAUGUUCAGCAGCAGAUUUGGACCAGCUUAUCACAGCUAA